GCUCUGCGUAAAAGACGCGUCCGACUCUUUCUCAAUAGAGCAGAUACUGAGAGAGAGAGAGAGAGAGAGAGAGAGAGAGAGAGAGAGCGGGACAACGUGAGUGUCUCCUAUCUCACUAGAGCUCAAACUAACGGGAUCUUCUUAUAUCCUCUACAUGCGCAGAGAUUCAAGAACCACACAAGUGAAAGCGCGUGUCCAUUACUCAAGGAAAAAGAGAGCAGUACGAACUUAGAUUGCUUUGUGACUUUUCUGCUUUUGUUGAAGCGUUUGACGGAGGUACAGUGACCUGUGUGGACAUUUCUUCAGCGAUUUUCUUUAAUUGCGAAAGUGUAGGCCAAAUAUUCUCGGAUCUUCCGCAGUGGUUUAGAUCAGGUAUCCAGGAGUUUGCCCAUGAGUUGGAGUCAGAUUCACAUUAGUUUGAUAUUUGGCACCGGUUUGAUCGUGGUGUCAUAGCGGCUGUGGAUUGAUCUCGCUCAGACUGUCAAGUGAUUUCCCCCUGUUAUAUCUGCAAACAGUGAACGCAUCUUCUCAUUAGAACACGGCUGUGUUUCAGCUCAGGAGAGACUGGGGAAGGCGCGUGAUGAUGUUGAGGAUCUCGGAUGCUUUGGUCACUUUGGUGACUUUCUACUGUGUGGUCAGCGGGACUGUCGGCGGAUACGGCAUGAGCAUGUUCGCCGCUCAGACCUCCCCACCGGAUCCGUGUUACGACGAGAACGGUCACCCCAGAAGAUGCAUCCCCGAUUUCGUGAACGCGGCGUUCGGGAAGGAAGUGCGCGCGUCCAGCACCUGCGGCAAAACACCGAGUCGGUACUGUGUGGUGACUGAGAAAGGGGAUGAAAAGCACAGAAACUGCCACACGUGCGACGCGUCAGACCCAAAGAAAUAUCACCCACCUGCUUACUUAACCGACUUGAACAAUCCUCAUAAUCUCACCUGCUGGCAGUCGGACAAUUACAUCCAGUAUCCUCAAAACGUCACUUUAACAUUGUCCCUGGGCAAGAAAUUCGAAGUGACCUACGUGAGUUUGCAGUUCUGCUCACCCCGACCAGAGUCUAUGGCUAUCUUUAAAUCAAUGGACUACGGCAAGUCCUGGGUGCCUUUCCAGUAUUACUCGACCCAGUGUAGAAAGAUGUACAACAAGCCCAGCAAAGCCACGAUCACUAAGCAAAACGAGCAAGAGGCCAUCUGCACAGAUUCUCACACCGACAUGCACCCACUUUCUGGCGGGUUGAUCGCGUUCAGCACCCUGGACGGACGACCCUCUGCGCAUGACUUUGACAAUUCACCCGUACUUCAGGACUGGGUGACUGCCACUGACAUUAAGGUGACUUUCAGCCGACUGCACACUUUCGGAGACGAAAAUGAGGAUGACUCGGAACUGGCCAGAGAUUCCUAUUUUUACGCCGUGUCAGACCUGCAGGUCGGAGGCAGAUGUAAGUGUAAUGGACACGCGUCACGGUGCGUCAAAGACCGGGAUGGAAACCUAGUGUGCGAGUGCAAGCACAAUACAGCCGGACCAGAGUGUGACAGAUGCAAACCGUUUCACUAUGACCGACCCUGGCAGCGCGCAACCGCCAGAGAAGCCAACGAAUGUGUCGCCUGCAAUUGUAACCUCCAUGCAAGGCGCUGUCGUUUCAACAUGGAGCUGUACAAACUCUCCGGGAGGAAAAGCGGAGGAGUCUGCCUAAACUGCCGGCACAAUACGGCAGGUCGCCACUGCCACUACUGCAAAGAGGGCUACUACAGAGACAUGUCUAAGCCCAUCUCUCACAGAAAGGCCUGCAAAGCCUGUGAUUGCCAUCCUGUGGGGGCCGCUGGCAAAACCUGUAACCAAACCACAGGCCAAUGCCCUUGUAAAGACGGUGUGACGGGUAUCACAUGCAACCGUUGUGCUAAAGGCUACCAGCAGAGCCGAUCACCCAUUGCCCCCUGCAUAAAAAUUCCCAUUGCUCCACCAACAACCACUGCAAGCAGCACAGAGGAACCUUCAGACUGUGAAUCCUACUGCAAGGCAUCCAAAGGCAAGCUGAAGAUCAACAUGAAGAAGUACUGCAAGAAAGACUACGCUGUUCAAGUCCACAUCCUAAAGGCAGAAAAAGCCAGUGAGUGGUGGAAGUUCACCGUCAACAUCAUCUCUGUCUACAAACAAGGUGAAAGUCGAAUCCGCAGGGGAGACCAGUUUUUGUGGGUCAGAGCAAAGGACGUGGCCUGCAAGUGCCCGAAGAUCAAGCCCGGCAAGAAGUACCUACUUUUGGGCAAUGAUGAGGAUUCCCCUGGACAAAGCGGAGUGGUGGCAGACAAGGGCAGUCUGGUCAUUCAAUGGAGGGACACUUGGGCUCGAAGACUCCGGAAGUUUCAGCAGCGGGAGAAGAAAGGAAAAUGCAAGAAAGCAUAGUGAGGGCAAAAGGAAAGAGGUGACCAUCCAGAGCUGGACAGAGAAACAACAGACGAGCGGUGGAUGAAAAGAUAAUAAGGGAAAGGAGAAGAAAAAAAAAAGAGGAACUGAACAUCGCUGCUUUGAAUAAAGGCAUGAAGACAAUAUUAACAUUUUGUUUUUAAAAUAAGAACAUGUGUGAAGGAGUUCACGAUGCAGUUUUCAUUUCUUAUUUGUUUCCUUCAAGAUUUGUUUGCUGUUUGCCAAUUUUGCACCUGUUAAAUGGCUUCAUAUUUCAGACCCAUUUUUGGAUGGUUUUGAGAAUCAGAUUAAGCUGUAUUUCUUAUUCCAAAACAAAUUUUUAGGGUAAAAAAUGUAAACAAUAUUUAAAAGAAUAGUCCUUAAGCAAGCCUCUUCAAUACAAAAAAAUAAACAUUUUCAUGAGUGAGCUUUAGCGUUUAAAAAUUCAUAUGUUCUAACUUAUGCAUAAUGGCAUCUGAGAUGCCAACAUUCCAGAAAAUUUCAGUCAAGACAUCAAAACAAUUUUGGUCUUCUUUAGCCAAUUCAAAAGUUUCUUUUUUCAAAGUCUGAAAAGUAUUUUAAAAAAUAUCACUUUGUAACAACACUGCAUGAAAAACAAUUGAAUGCAUAUAUUGGUGCAUAUUAUGUUUUAUAAUUAAUUCAGCAUUAUUAGUUGUUGCGUUUUUCAGGAAGUUGCAUGGUUUAACAUCAUCAAUGAAUUCAGAUGCAAAAAAAGAGAAAAAGAAAAUAUAGGAAAGCUCUUGUACAGUGUAACAUGUAUAUUUCAUUUAACACUACAUUUUUGAAGACUGGUGCUGCUGGGUUUUCCCAGACUGCUACAGACUCCGAAACUGUCCCAGCAAAUGCACGACAAAAGCAAAUCAACAGUUUCUGAUUGCCUUUUCAUUGUAGGUGGCUUGCAGUUCACUACUUCAAGGUUAAAGAAUCAUCUAACAAUUGCUGAAAAGAAGCUCUGUACAUUUUUUAGUAGCGCCUAUUUUCUUCAAAAGUCCCCACUAAUAUAGGCUACAUUUGGUAGAAUUGACGAUUUUUAAAAAAAAAAAAAAAAAACAAUGUCUGUUUAAGCCAUGUGUGCAAGUCUAAAAAAAAAAAAAUCUGUACUCAUAAUUGUUAAAAAUGAUAAAAAUGUAAUGGCAUGCUUGUACAAACCCUAAAAUUAUUAGCAUGCAUUUACAAUUAUUUUUGAACUUGGAAUAAAACCACCAUGUAUAUUUUUGUAUAAGACAUGAUGAUUGAGGUAGAUGACAUCAUUUCUUGCUCCAUUUGAUGCUCUGAUUCAAGUGUUUAUAGUCCAGACAUGGACGAUGACGUUCUUUUGUUAAAACAGAACUUCAGUGCGAUGAGUCCAGUGUAUAAACAGGCCUUUUCGUAAGUCCUAAAAGUGUUGGUAUAGAAUGGUGUGUAUAGUUAGUAUUUUUCCUUGUGUGUAAAACAGUAUUUAGAAGUGUACGAAUUACCUUUAACUAGUAUUCAUGAACUAGUAUUUAGUUUUGUAAAGCGACAGCAUCUCUCCUUUAACAUGUCCAUGUCCAUUUAGGGUCUGUGAAUGUAGGAAUGCAUGUACAGUAAUGUUUCAUUACAACAGAGAAUUCUCUUCACUGUGAGAAACGCUGCUCAUACACACACACACACACACACAAACACACACACAUACAAACAAGCUUAUUCUGUUACUGAUGAGACAGAAGUUCUCUAAAGUACAGCUUUUUCACUGAUCUUUGAGAGGUCACUUAACGUUUGACGGUGUGGUCAGUCCUUCUUAGAUCAUUAAGAAAAUAAACUGCAAGAACUGAUCAUUUCAGUAUCAAAUACCAAAAAAAAAAAAAAAAAACAGAAAGAAAAGACGGAUUCGACGAACGGUUUACGUGUGCAGUAAUUAUCAUCUUAACUCGAUUACUUCUUGUAAAUGUACACAAUGUAUGACAUACAGAUAUUUAUACAUAUGAUGUAUUUACCGGUUACAAACAAUAUUCGUAAUACCACAUGUAAAUGUAUUUUGUUUGGCACUCAGUAUCUUAGUGCACACUCAUUUUUAUUUUAAGUAUUACAACGAUGUAAAUUUAUGUUCAGUUUUUAUUUUUCGCAGCAGUGGAAAGAUGGCUCAUGUAUUUGACAUUACCAGCAGACCUUACAUACAUUGCUUCUUGUUCAUAUUAUGAAUUGUAAAUUUAGCUGUGACAAAUACAAGACGUCUGCAAUAUUGUUUUACAAUGCAUACUAAUAUAUUAUGGUUAUUAUAAGAAAAUAUUUAAUGACACAAGACAUUGUGGAUUUUUUCUUUUUUUAUCUUUUUUUGUUUGAUUGUUUUUUAUAUACAGUUUGUGGUUGUUUAGAUGGUUGUGAUUAAAAUCCAGAGGGCAAAAUAACUACUGAACACCAACCUGGUAGAACUACAUUCAGCAUUCAUUUGGAAUAAAAACUCAAAACAUUA